UUCGGCCGCGAAGCCGCUGCCGCUUAUGGUCCGGACCUGAGGCGCGAGCUGAGGACACAGCGCCGGGCGCGGGCGCUGCCAGUGGCACUCGGUGAUCUUAGGUCCCCUCGCUCUCUGCCGGGACGCAGGAGAGAGCAGCGCGCGGCGGGGGCGCGAGGUGGUGCGGGCGGGGGCGGCCAAUGCGAAACUGGCUAGUGCUGCUGUGCCCGUGCGUGCUCGGGGCCGCGCUGCACCUCUGGCACCUCUGGCUGCGCUCCCCGCCGGCCCCCCGCGCCUCCGGGCCCGGCGCGGCAGGUCAAGCAGCCUUGUUUCCUCAGUGGAAAUUUAGUCACUACGAUGUGGUAGUUGGUGUGUUAUCAGCUCGAAAUAACCAUGAACUUCGAAAUGUGAUAAGAAACACCUGGCUGAAGCAUUUGUUGCAACAUCCUACUUUAAGUCAACGUGUGCUUGUGAAGUUCAUAAUAGGUGCUCGUGGCUGUGAAGUGCCUGUGGAAGACAGGGAGGAUCCUUACUCCUGCCGACUGCUCAACAUCACCAAUCCAGUUUUGAAUCAGGAAAUUGAGGCUUUCGUCUUUCCUGAAGAUGCCUCCUCAUCCAGACUCUCUGAAGACCGAGUUGUCAGUGUGAGCUUCCGAGUUCUCUACCCAAUCGUGAUUACCAGUCUUGGAGUAUUUUAUGAUGCCAAUGACAUUGGCUUUCAAAGGAACAUCACAGUCAAGUUGUAUCAGGCAGAGCAGGAGGAGGCCCUUUUCAUCGCUCGAUUUAGUCCUCCAAGCUGUGGCAUACAGGUGAACAAACUAUGGUACAAGCCUGUGGAACAGUUCAUCUUACCAGAGAGCUUUGAAGGUACAAUCGUGUGGGAAAGCCAAGAUCUCCAUGGCCUCGUGUCCAGGAACCUACACAGAGUGACAGUGAAUGAUGGAGGGGGUGUUCUCAGAGUCAUUACAGCUGGGGAAGGGACACUGCCUCAUGAAUUCAUGGAAGGUGUGGAGGGAGUGGCAGGUGGCUUUAUCUACACUGUCCAGGAAGGAGAUGCACUGUUACAAAGCCUUCAUUCGAGGCCCCAGAGACUUUCAGACCACAUACAGGAUCUGCGAGUGGAAGAUGCCUUACUGCAGGAGGAAAGCAGCGUGUAUGAUGACAUUGUCUUCGUAGAUGUUGUGGAUACUUACCGGAAUGUUCCUGCAAAAUUACUGAACUUCUAUAGAUGGACUGUGGAAACCACCAGCUUCAAUUUGCUGCUGAAGACAGAUGAUGAUUGUUAUAUAGACUUAGAAGCCGUGUUUAAUAGAAUUGCUCAGAAGAAUCUUGAUGGGCCUAACUUUUGGUGGGGAAAUUUCAGGUUGAAUUGGGCAGUGGACAGAACUGGAAAGUGGCAGGAGCUGGAAUACCCCAGCCCGGCCUACCCUGCCUUUGCAUGUGGGUCAGGGUACGUGAUCUCCAAGGAUAUUGUUGACUGGCUGGCAGGCAACUCCGGAAGGUUGAAGACCUAUCAGGGUGAAGAUGUCAGCAUGGGCAUUUGGAUGGCAGCCAUAGGACCUAAGAGACACCAGGACAGCCUAUGGCUGUGCGAGAAAACCUGUGAGACAGGAAUGCUGUCUUCUCCACAAUACUCACCACAGGAGCUGAGUAGACUGUGGGAACUAAAGGAGCUGUGUGGGGAUCCUUGUCAGUGUGAAGCAAAAGUGCUGUGAUCCCCAAAGACCAGGGACUGUAAGUCCAAGGAGACCCUUUGGCUGGUGUUGAGGUAUAAGCGUAUAUUACGAGUGUUUGCACAAUAAUUAAUCAGCUGAUAAUGUAGCAUAAGUUUUUAUUUAUAGAUUGGAAGAUUAUUUAGUACCAAAUUAUUUUAUAAAAAAUAUUCCUAACUAACUCCUGAUCACUGUAACUACUUAGUAAUUCAUCAUUACCAUUUUUGGUUAAACAUGGCCACAUUGUUGUAAUAAUUCCAUUUAAAUCUCAAUCAGGAUUAUAAAAUAGCUCUGUAUAGCUUAAUAUGCUAGAAAGAACCUACAAAGAUGUUGUGUGGCACUGGGGUUACACAUACCAAAGUCUGGGUUGCUGGAAAUACCAGUUUGUGAAUCUCUGACAUAGGGCAAACUGACCUUGAAAAGGAAAUACUGUAACCUUAAGUUUACAUAAGUACCAUGUUUUUUUACCAUUUAAUGUAAAUCCUGAAUGCCUCAGCUUAGCACUCUCUCUAAACUGUUUUUGUGAGUAUGAGUAAAAGUAAACACCUCAGGGUUCAGUGUCACAGGGAAGUAGGGAAGGCACUCUGCCUUACCUGAUGUUUACCUAAGCUUACGGAGGUGGUAAUAUGUGGAAGAUAGGUUCAGUGUAGGUAUAAUGUAGGGGAAAGUAUGUUGUACAAGAGUAGAUGUGUUUCCCCAGUUUAAGGGACAUUUCUCAGAAUGACCAACCAAAUCACUGCAGUGAUUUUCAAAUAGUUAAGCAGUCCACAGCAGAUGUUAACUCUACUCAUAUUCACAUUUUCACAUAAUAGAAUGCAGUAAGCUGUGAAAACACAUGUAGAAAAGUCAUUAGCAAUCAAAGCCUUUAUUAUUCUAUUAAUAUACAACCAAAUGGUCCUUUCCUAACAAAACAUACAUCCUUUGUGAGGGCGAAGUUUUUGUUUCUGGUGUAUACAACAUUCCAGUUGGAUUGUUACCAUCGCACUAGUAGACAAUCUCCAUUCUCCACAGAAUAAAACUGUAAUGAUUGUAGGUCAUUUCCUAGCUCAAUUUCUUUGCCUGGCAUCUAAAACGAGAACAAAGUAGGGAGGAGUAAGACAGAUCUGAUGAUGCAUGUUGUACAUGCUGCCCUCCAAUGGCAGGUAGCUUGAGAAGUCAAAAUGCUGCCUCCGUUUAGAAUGUGUGGUUCAUGGUACUGUGGAGAACUAAGCUUAGCAUUUUUGCUUAGCAACUUACCUUGGGACUUUCAUAGGACAACAGAAGUUCUGACACAGGAACUUUGAGAAGACGUGACAGCAGUCCCUUUACCUUUUGAACUGUCAUGGAAUCUAUCAAAGAAAAGGAAAAUUCAUUUUUCUCAAAUGAUGACUAUGUGUAGAAACAGCUCAGAUGAGACAGCAUGAUCUGUCCUUUCUUAGCAUUGGUUUAACCUAAGAUACUAAGUGAUGAAGGUUUGAGUCAUUAAACCAUUGGUCUUGACAGAGAUGUGUCAUACCAUUUCAGUAGCAUUUAACAUUUCUUCCUCUAUCUGAGUAACCAGAAAUCAUCUCACUGAGGAGGAAAACUAUAAGCCUUUGUGAUAACUUCCUAAUGGGUUGCUAAAGAUCCCAUGAGUGGGGCCUUGAGGACACCUCUCAGCCUUAUUUUCCCUCUAGAAGAUAGUACAAACUUAAGUGGUUGAUGAGGUCCCUCCCAGAAUGAGCAUCCAGUCACCAUCAGGAUGUGCACAGGUUUGGGAAGGUAACUCAGAAAAGCAAGUGCUCUGAUUUAUUCAGAACACAAUAGGAACUUCUUUCCAAAGACAGGUUGUAGUACAUAGUGGGUAUUUUGAUUAAGAAUAUUAGUUCCUCUGAAGCUUUAGCUGAAAGUACAGCAAUAGUGUGGUGAUCCCACAAAUAUCACAACGUGGUCAACUAUUUUUCUAUAAGAAUUGUUUUUUUUUAUAAAAAGCUGUGUUUUUAUGCAACUUGUGAUAAUAAAUCUUCUCUAUUUUAGAAUAAAA